AUGCUAGAAUCUGGUUCUGAUGUUGCUGUGAAGGGACUUGAAGAAAUGAAGGGUUUGGGCAAAAAGGAAUUCAUCCAGCAGACGGAUUUGCUUGGAAUGAUAAAACACGAGAACCUUGUUGAGAUCAUUUCAUUUAACUCCUCCAAAGACGAGAAGCUAAUCAUUUACGAACAUGUACCUAAUGGCAACUUGUUCUCCCUACUAAGCGGAAAAACCCCGGAAUUCGCUCAAGGGAAGAAACUAACAAAAAAAGCCGAUUUAUACUAUUUUGGAGUUGUUCUUUUAGAGAUCAUAACGGGCAAGGUGCCGGCUCAAGUCGAUGCUAGUGCUGAUGAUCUUUCGGAUUGGGUUCAAUCAGCUGUAAACAAUGAUUGGUCGACUGAUAUAUUGGAUGUCGAAAUAGUUGCAGAAAAGAAAGGGUAUGAUGGCAUGUUGAAGCUCAUAGAAAUAGCUCUCGAGCGUACGUAA